AUGGCACCCACGGCAAACACAGCCUCUAACCCGGCGAUGCGAGCGCGAGACGAUCUUGAUUCUACGUGGACAUAUCUCGAAAAGAACGUCGACAAUGUAAUGAACAAGUUGCAGGAGGGUCUUGACAUGAAGACAUACAUGGGCGUGUAUACCGCGGUUCACAAUUUCUGUACUUCGCAAAAGGCAGCCACGAAUCAAAGUCAGGGUGGCUCACCAGGAACCUUGAGUCCUGCUCAUCGAGGCGCCCAUCUUCUGGGUGAGGAGCUCUACACCCUCCUUGGUAAAUAUCUCACGGGACAUCUUCGUGAUGUCCUGGCCGCUUCCGAAUCACAUACAGACGAGGCGCUGCUGGCCUUCUACAUUCGAGAAUGGAAACGGUAUACCGACGCUGCAAAAUACAACAACCACCUCUUCAGAUACCUGAAUCGGCACUGGGUGAAGCGAGAAAUUGAUGAAGGCAAGAAGAACGUCUACGACGUCUACACACUGCACCUGGUCAAAUGGAAGGACGACUUCUUCAAGGCGGUCGAGGGCAAGGUGAUGGAUGCGGUCUUGAGACUCGUUGAAAAACAACGCAACGGCGAGACUAUUGAUCAGAUGCAGAUCAAGGCCAUUGUCGAUUCCUUCGUCUCCCUCGGCUUGGAUGAGCAUGACAGCAGCAAAUCCACGUUGGACGUCUACCGCCUUUACUUCGAACGCCCGUUUAUCCUCGCCACCAAAGAAUACUACAUCAACGAGUCUCGCCGGUUUGUGGCAGAGAACAGCGUUGUCGAGUACAUGAAGAAGGCAGAGGCAAGAUUAGAAGAAGAGAAGGAGCGUGUGGGCCUCUACUUGCACCCGGACAUUAUGAAAAAACUUAUGGAAACGUGCAACGAAGCCCUCAUCAGCGCUCAUUCUGUCCUGCUGCGAGAUGAAUUUCAGGUGCUGCUCGACAACGAGCGUACCGAGGACCUUGCCCGGAUGUACAAACUCCUGUCCAGAAUUAAGGAUGGGCUGGACCCCCUCAGGACGCGAUUCGAGAGCCAUGUCCGCAAAGCUGGCAUUGCAGCUGUGGAGAAGGUUGCGGCCCAAGGAGACAGCUUUGAACCAAAAGUCUAUGUCGAUGCGUUGCUCGAAAUCCACGGCAAAUAUCAACAACUCGUCAAUGUCGCCUUUACGGGAGAAUCCGAAUUUGUGCGGUCGCUCGACAAUGCUUGCCAGGAAUUUGUCAACCACAACCAAGUCUGCAAAACCAACUCUACCCGAUCCCCUGAACUGCUUGCCAAAUACGCCGAUCAACUCCUCAAGAAAGGCGCCAAGGCGGCAGACGAGUCUGAGCUUGAAGAACUCCUUGUACAGAUUAUGGUUGUGUUUAAAUACAUCGAGGAUAAGGACGUGUUCCAGAAGUUCUAUUCUCGAAUGUUGGCCAAGCGUCUAGUGCACACGAGCUCUGUAUCGGACGAUGCGGAAACGAGCAUGAUCAGCAAAUUGAAGGAGGCAUGUGGUUACGAGUACACUAACAAGCUUCAGAGAAUGUUCCAAGACGUACAAAUUUCCAAGGAUCUCAAUACUGCCUACAAAGACUGGCAUGACAAGAUUCUCGAGGACAGUGACGAGAAGAGGACGGUCGACUCGACAUUCCAGAUCUUGGGAACGGGUUUCUGGCCUCUCAAUGCUCCCAACACUCCAUUUGCCCCUCCUGCUGAAGUCAGCAAAGCCAUCGAGUCAUUUACCCGCUUCUACGACCAGAAACACAAUGGUCGCAAGUUGACAUGGCUGUGGCAGUUGUGCAAAGGCGAGAUUCGAGCCAAUUAUAUCAAGAGCCAGAAAGUACCCUACACCUUUCAAGUUUCCACCUACCAGAUGGCCAUCCUGCUUCUGUUCAACGACUCCGACAAGAUGGAUUAUUCUGAAAUCAAAGAACUUACCAAGUUGACCGAUGAAACAAUUGAACCGGCGAUUGGCAUCCUGUGCAAAGCGCGCGUCUUGAUCUCGUCGCCCGAAGACGGCAAGCCGGCACCCGGCACUAGUUAUUCGCUCAACUACAACUUCAAGAACAAGAAGGUCAAGAUUAACCUGAAUAUCACUGUCAAAUCCGAACAAAAGGUAGAGUCGGAAGACACUCACAAGACCAUUGAGGAGGAUCGGAAACUGUUACUCCAGGCUGUGAUCGUUCGUAUUAUGAAAGGUCGCAAGAAGCUCAAGCAUGUCCACCUGGUCGAGGAAGUCAUCAACCAAGUCCGUAACCGAUUCCCCCCCAAGAUCUCCGACAUCAAGAAAAACAUCGACGCCCUGAUGGAGAAAGAUUACAUUGAACGUUUGGACAAUGACGAGUUGGCGUACAUUGCAUGA